CUACAUGUCUUUUUCAAAUGCACUCCUUUAUAGACAUUCAAAAUCAUUUUAUUUCAACAUCAAAAAUACACCCUUAUCGAUUUUUCUGCAACGCAUAUACACCCUUUUCACAAUGAUGCUCGAAGACAUGCACUCCUUUGGAGUCGACCUCAACUCCAUUUUUGCACAGGAACUCGGUGGCCUGGCGCUGGCCCCGACCCCUAUUGCUGUAAACCAACCGCCGCCAAACGUGCUCGUCAACAGGGUCCCUGAAGGAUUCACACCCAUUUUGAUCAAUCUAGAGCGUUGUUCUCGAGCUGAGCUGCGGCGAUUCCUUCACAAUAUGCUGUGCAUACCAACGCCCUGCAAUAACGGCAGCGUACCAAAGGAAAAAACCCUUGGUCGGUGUGGCUGCGAGCUGCUUGAAUUCGACUACCAGCCAGACUUUCUGUUUAACAAACGCAAGCUUGAAACACAAGAGGAGGAGGACGAAUAUGGCAGUGAUGACGACAAUACAAGUGUGUCUGUGCGGAGCAGUCAGGGAUAUUCCGGCGACAAUGACAGUGAGAUUGGAAUGGUUGAAGACGAAAACGAUAAGCAGGUCGAGGAGCUACUGCGCAAUCAAGAGGCUGAGCGCAAGAGGAUCAAGAUUAAGCGGCCACCAAAUUCAUUUAUGAUUUACCGCAGUGAACGCCACAACGAACUGGUCAAGGAGUACAGGGGUGGAAACAAGGUCAUAUCUGGGAUCAUCGCCAAGGAGUGGCACAGCAUGACCCCCGUGACUAAGAGAAAGUAUGAGGAUAUGGCAGCUGUAAAGAAGCGCGAGCAUGAGAUGCUGUAUCCCAACUACAAGUUUAUGCCCAAGCGGCGCAAGAACUAAAAGGCAUUGCUGUAUAUAAAACCCAAUUGUGUAGUAUUUUAUUAAUGCUAUUGUAGACAUAAUCAUAUUCAUUGUAUAACUAGAGCCAAACUUUGAAUUGACAAAAAACUUUAUUAAUGGGGCGCUGGAUAUUUGAAACCUCAAUUUUGAAGGAGACCAAUACUAACG